UGUCCUCGCUGGGCCGAGGGGACAGCGCUGACCUCCAAGCGGUGGGGAGGGCGUGAGGCGCGUUUUGUGAGGGGAAAGUCUGGUGUUUCGAGGACAGACCGCACCAAAUCGUUGCAUAAUGGCAGAAGCUACCGUCUCUCCGCUGAAACACUUCGUCCUGGCUAAAAAGACAAUCACGGCCAUCUUUGACCAGCUGCUGGACUAUGUCUCUGAAGGAGCAACUUUUGUGGAAGCAACGUACAGGAACCCAGAGCUCGAACGUGUAGCAACAGAAGACGAACUGGAAAAAAUACAGGCAUAUAAAAAUAAGUUAGCAGUCAUCGGUGAGGUGCUUUCACGGAGACACAUGAAAGUGGCGUUUUUUGGCAGAACGAGCAGUGGGAAAAGUUCGGUCAUUAAUGCAAUGCUGUGGGAUAAGGUACUUCCUAGUGGGAUUGGCCAUACAACAAACUGCUUCCUCAGUGUGGAAGGGACAGAUGGCGAUAAGGCUUAUCUUAUGACAGAAGGAUCAGAUGAAAAGAAGAGUGUCAAGACAGUCAAUCAGCUUGCUCAUGCACUUCACAUGGAUAAAGAUUUGAAAGCUGGCUGUCUUGUUCAUGUCUUUUGGCCCAAGUCAAAGUGUGCCCUGCUGAGAGAUGAUUUGGUUUUAGUGGACAGCCCGGGCACAGAUGUCACUACAGAACUAGACAGCUGGAUUGACAAGUUCUGCUUAGAUGCUGACGUAUUUGUCUUGGUUGCCAAUUCUGAAUCAACUCUCAUGAACACGGAAAAACAUUUUUUCCAUAAAGUGAAUGAACGACUUUCCAAGCCAAACAUCUUCAUCUUGAAUAAUAGGUGGGAUGCCUCCGCAUCAGAACCAGAAUAUAUGGAAGAUGUCCGUCGGCAGCACAUGGAGCGCUGUCUGACUUUUCUAGUUGAUGAGCUCAAAGUUAUUGAUCCUGUAGAAGCAAGGAAUCGCAUCUUUUUUGUUUCAGCAAAAGAAGUUCUGAGUGCCAGGAGACAGAAGGCCCAAGGAAUGCCAGAGGGUGGUGGAGCACUUGCAGAAGGAUUUCAAACAAGAUUCCAGGAAUUUCAACAUUUUGAGCAGAUAUUUGAGGAGUGUAUCUCGCAGUCAGCUGUGAAAACCAAGUUUGAACAGCACACUAUCAGAGCUAAACAGAUAAUAGAUACUGUGAAAAACAUUAUGGACGCCAUAAACGUAGCAGCAGCAGAGAAAAGAGUCCAUUCGAUGGAAGAGCGAGAAGAUCAGAAGGAUAGAUUGGACUUCGUUCGAAAUCAGCUGAACAUUUUGACGGAAGAUACUAAGGAAAAAAUCAAACGUGUUACUGAGGAAGUAGAAAAUAAAGUCUCCUCUGCCAUGACUGAUGAGAUUUGCCGACUUUCAGUUUUAGUUGAUGAAUUUUAUUCAGAUUUUCACCCUUCUCCUCAAGUAUUGAAGCUCUAUAAGACAGAACUGAACAAACAUAUAGAAGAUGGUUUGGGAAAGAACCUGGCUGAUCGUUGUUCCAGUGAAGUCAAUCAGUCAAUGCAUGAGUCACAGCAGGAGAUGAUUGAAAAUCUGAAACCACUGUUGCCUUCUGGUGCUCAGAAUCAGCUCCACUUGCUAAUUCCGUGCAGGAAGUUCGACCUCAGCUAUGAUCUAAACUGUCAUAGCCUGUGUGCUGAUUUUCAAGAGGAUAUCAUGUUCCACUUUUCCUUGGGAUGGACUUCACUUGUAAACCGUUUCUUGGGUCCUAAACAAGCUCAGAGAGUACUACUGGGACUAGCAGAUCCAAAUUUACAAAUCCCUCGUCCUUUAGCUACCACCCCAUCUGCUGCCAGCCUUCCUGCCGUAACUCCAGAGAACAUAUCGCACGAUGAUUUUAUGGUUCCUUUGGUAAUGAGUUUAGCUUCACUGACAUCACGGACCUCUAUGAGCAUCAUCGUUGUUGGCGGAGUGAUUUGGAAAACCGUAGGCUGGAAACUCAUCUCCCUUUCCUUAAGUAUGUAUGGGUUGUUAUAUCUUUAUGAGAGACUAACUUGGACGACUAAAGCAAAAGAGAGAGCCUUUAAACAGCAGUUUGUAAACUAUGCUACUGAAAAGCUGCAGAUGAUUGUCAGUCUUACAAGUGCUAAUUGCAGCCAUCAGGUGCAACAGGAAAUGGCCACUACCUUUGCUCGGCUCUGUCAGCAGGUGGAUAUUACCGAGAAAAACCUGGAAAUGGAAAUAGCUAGGCUUUCCAAAGAAAUAGAUCAGCUGGAGAACAUACAGAGCAACUCCAAGCAGCUAAGAAAUAAAGCCAUUCACCUUGAGAAUGAAUUAGAUCGCUUUACAAAACAUUUUCUUCAAAAGAGUAAAUAAAACACUGUUGCUAACUUUCCCGCUGAUCCUUUGUAGGACAAAGUAGAAAUGUUAUGGAUGACACUUCUCCUCUGUGGAGUCACAUGAAAUGAUUUAUAUUUUAAAUGUUACUUUGAUUACACUUGUUAAUUCUUGUAAAACUUGGACUCUGAUGGUGAAACAAACUGAAGAGCUGGGGUACUCUGUUACAUUUGGUUUGGGGUUAAAAAUUGUCUUUAAACACUAAAUUUCUUUGGGCACUUGACAAUAAAGACCCAAAUACUUCCUGGUUUUCAUUAGUAUUUAGCAGUGGCAAGUCUCACUUCCUGGCAUCCAGGAGUUUAUGCAGGGAGAGAGAGCUUUUCACAGUUAUCAGUGUCUCCUGUUUUCAGUUGCUUAGGAAUUAGCCAGGGAUGGAGGAUGCUGCUUUUUCAUGUGUGCAUGUUUUUUUGUGUAAUCCAGGGAAGUACAAACUCUAGCAUGGGGAAAGGACUCUUGACUUGUUUUAAAAGCAAGUGAAAUGGUGUCGGGCAGCAGUUCCUCUUCCUCAAAUGGAAGUGAAAGAUGACCGUAAACUGCAAAGCCUUCACUAAUGAAAUGCAGUAGGCUCUAGUUUCCCCUCUGGCUACCACAUUCAGUCAAGAUGGCAUUGAUUACGUAAAAAUAAACCUAUUUCAAGAAGCUUCUCAGAUUUUUUGCAGGUGGUGAAAUGCUCAUUUGCCCAUGAGAGCAGUGCUAGAACCCACCUUCAGGUGAGCUGCGGGUGUGUGUCACUGCCACCAUGCCAGCGUCCAUCCAGGCCAAGGAGAAUUUGGGGAGCAGAAUGUCUUGACUCAGGUGUUGCAGGCUGGGUGGGGAAGCUCAGGGUGUCAGGCGUGACCUUGAGCUGCCACUGCUGGCUUCCCAGAGCAGGGUCAGGCUGGGUUUGAGUUUUCACUUGUGCAAUAAUCCAGAGCAGUCCCUUGGUUCUGCUGCAGACCAGGUCUCGUAUAGGUAUGAGACUUAAGGCAGGUGUGUUGGAGCAGUUUACCUUUGCUCACCUCCAGCAAUGCAAAGCCUCUGCAAUUAUUUAACACCUACUUUUUUCUAACUAGACUUUUUAAGAAUAACUUAUUUUAAAAGAGAAAGCCUUUUCAGAAUAUUUAUAUAUUUUUAUGGAAGUGUUAACAUGACUAAAUGAAAUACUCAACUUUAAGAGUUAGGGAUUUGCUAUUUUCUGGCAAGUAAGGGCUAUCUUAAAAAGAAAUAGCAGUAACAUCUAAUGCUAGAGGCAGUUAAUUAUUUGAAGACAACACUGUUUUCACCGUACUGUAUUUUGGUGUUUGUUUCUGACUGCUAGCACAAGCAUGGCUCUCUUGGAACUUUCAUUAGCAGUAUGCAUGAGGAAUCUCAAGGUUUUUGAGGGAAACAAAUACAAAACUGAGUAACAGCCCAGCCUUCUUGUAUAUGAGAUUACAGAUGUGUAUUAAUGCUCUUUUUCUGGAGCAUUUUUAUGGACAUUGUAUCAAGAUAAAACUUUACAUGCAUGUGUUCUACAGUUAUUUAUUAAAAAAAUACUACCCCUU